UUUAGCAAAGAUCAGCUCAGUCUGACUUGAGACACCAAAGAGAACAGCUGCUUUUUAACCAUGAGACUUCGAGAUUUUUUCUGUUGCUGCCUACCUGCUCCUGGAGAGAACAUUGAUGAUGAUCAGAGAUCAAGGGACACUAAGGUAGACAACAGCAACAAGAAGAAAUCCGGCAGAGGAAUUUGGAAGAGACUGGCUAACCCAAGCAAGAAAAAACUAAGAAAAGAGGCCAAGCAACUGAGAAAUCAAAUGGCCGAUAGAAAGAGGAAGGAGGUCCAUGUGAUGGAUAUUAUUUCUGAGUAUGAAGAAGAACCUGUGAAGCCCCCACGUCCACGUCCAGUGAAGUGGGAGACUCUUUAUGAGAAUGUGGAGGACAUCAGGAUUGAGAACGUGGUCUUCCACAAGGCCUGGGUCCAUGCUACCCAGCACAGCCAGGAUGUUGUCAGCCCAGAAGAACAUGUGGGGAUGCCUGAGGAAGACACAGCCCGGGUCAAGGCUGAGAUUCCACUCAGUAUUGGCCUGCUGGAGUCCGUCUAUGCCAACUUGUCCUCUGGCAUUGACAUGGAUCUACUGCGUCUCCUGGAGCAACUCUCCAAGGAUUUGUCCAAAGGAGAUAGCAGCGGAGGUGAUCAGCCUUCCCAGGCCAGUGAGAGCCCUGUGCUGGUCCCCAACGCUGGAGACCGAGAGCUGGCGCAGGAGCAUCUGACCAUCCAUGAGGAGGAUGAGAAAGAGAAGGAGAAGGAGGAUGACAAGGAGAAGGAGAAGGAGAAGGAGAAGGAGGGCGUUCUCUUGGAGGAGGAGAGGAGGCUACAGCUGAUGACUUGGUUCCAACAAGGAGGACUGGCUAUUUUCAAUACAGUAACAGCAGCGGCAGCCCAGAUGAAACAUGUUGUGGCACUAUUGCUUAGCAAUUUUUUUGUGCCAAUUAUGCAGAAACUGAAUUCGUUCAUCAAUAUUUAAUAAUACCAUUGAUUCAGUGCACUAGUCAAAUAUUAUAUUUUUAUAUUUUAAAAAUA